CUCGUACCCUGAAUGUGCCGUUUCUUCCGCUCCCACGCGUCGUACGCGGGCUGAAACCCGCGCCGAGGUGCCGCCGGACUGGACGGGAUGGCCAGGACCCCGACCUCCCACAUGCACACGCUCACACGCACACACCCGCACGCGCCCGCGGACACGCCGGAGCGCACGAUGGUGGUCCAGGGAGCGGUGACGCCGGGCCGGACCCGCAGGCUCAUGUUAAAGCUGCCGGUGGGGACUCUGCGGAGGAACAGUGGGGAGAGGGUAAGACGCGCUACACGGUGCAAAAGACAUUUCUGUGAUGACCAGAAGAUUUCCGUUCUCUCGCAGCCCAAGCUCAUGGCUAAGGACCUGCUGGACUUGGUGGCCUCUCACUUUAACCUAAAGGAGAAGGAGUACUUCGGAAUCUCCUACACAGACGAAACUGGCCAUUUCAGCUGGCUGCAGUUGGACCGGAGGGUUUUAGAACACGAGUUCCCCAAAAAAUCUGGGCCCAUAGUCCUCUACUUCUGUGUCAGGUUCUACAUUGAGAGCAUAGCCUACCUGAAGGACAAUGCCACCAUUGAGCUGUUCUUCCUCAAUGCCAAGUCCAGCAUCUAUAAGGAGCUUAUUGAAGUGGAUAGUGAAGUUGUCUUCGAACUGGCCUCCUACAUUCUACAAGAGGCCAAAGGUGACUUCACCAGUAACGAUGCAACGAGGUCAGACCUGAAGAAGCUUCCUGCGCUGCCAACCCAGGCCCUGAAGGAGCACCCGUCUCUGGCCUACUGUGAGGACCGGGUCAUAGAACAUUACAAGAAGCUCAGCGGGCAGUCCAGAGGCCAAGCCAUUGUCAAUUAUAUGAGCAUCGUCGAGUCCCUGCCCACAUAUGGAGUCCAUUACUAUGCUGUAAAGGAUAAGCAGGGAAUCCCGUGGUGGCUUGGCCUGAGCUAUAAAGGCAUCUUCCAGUAUGACCACCAGGACAAAGUGAAACCCCGCAAGGUGAGAAAGACUGACUGGCGUCCCUGUCAGCCCUUGUAUAUAAGGAGGCUUUGUGUCCGCUUCUACUGUAGGGCGUCGGUGACGAGAAGGACGUUUGGCCACAGUGGCAUCGCCGUGCACACCUGGUACGCCUGUCCCGCCCUCAUCAAGUCCAUCUGGGCCAUGGCCAUCAGCCAACACCAGUUCUAUCUGGACCGCAAGCAGAGCAAGUCUAAGAUCCAUGCAGCCCGUAGUCUGAGUGAGAUCGCCAUAGACCUGACAGAGACAGGAACUCUGAAGACCUCCAAACUGGCCAACAUGGGCAGCAAGGGCAAGAUCAUCAGCGGCAGCAGCGGCAGCCUGCUCUCCUCAGGCUCCCAGGAGUCCGAUAGUUCCCAGACAGCUAAGAAGGAUAUGCUGGCAGCACUAAGGGCCAGACAGGAAGCUCUGGAAGAAACCUUAAGACAGAGACUGGAGGAGCUCAAGAGCAUCUGCAUCAGAGAGGCAGAGUUGACAGGUAAGCUCCCCAAGGAGUAUCCUCUGGACCCCGGAGAGGAGCCCCCCACAGUGAGAAGGAAGAUCGGCACCGCCUUCAAACUAGACGAGCAGAAGAUCCUCCCCAAAGGAGAGGAAGAGGAACUGGAGCGUUUGGAGCGGGAGUUUGCCAUCCAGUCCCAGAUCACAGAGGCGGCCAGGCGUCUGGCCAGCGACCCUCACGUGACCAGUAAGAAGCUGAAGAAACAAAGGAAGACCUCCUACCUGAACGCCCUGAAGAAGCUCCAGGAGAUAGAGAACUCGAUUAAUGAAUACCGCGUCCGCUCUGGCAAGAAGCCCACGCAGAGGGCGUCGCUCAUCAUCGAGGAGGCGAACAUUGGUUCUGAAGACAGCUCCCUGUCAGACGCUCUGGUAUUAGAUGAUGAUGACCCUCAGGUUACAGGUACUCCCACUUUCUCUCCAGUUGCAUCCCCACACAAAGGCCUCCCUCCUAGGCCGCCAUCUCACAGCCGACCCCCCCCUCCACAAUCUCUGGACGGCUUGCGACAUCUGCACUACACACGCUCCGACUAUGAUAAGUCGCCCAUCAAACCCAAGAUGUGGAGCGAGUCGUCCCUGGACGAGCCCUACGAGAAGGUCAAGAAACGCUCCUCACACUCCAGUCACAGGCGUUUCCCCAGCUCGGGCAGCGCCGAGGCCGGCGGCAGUAACUCUCUGCAGAGCAGCCCCAUCAGGAGCCUCCCCCACUGGAGCUCUCAGUCCAGCAUGCCCUCUACCCCGGACCUGAGGACCAGGGCCCCACACUACGUACACUCCACCAGGUCAGUAGAUAUCAGUCCGACGCGUCUGCACAGUCUGGCUCAGCACUUUAGGAACCGCAGCUCCAGCCUGGAAUCCCAAGGCAAGCUCCUAACCUCCGAUACCGAAACACACACACACACCCUGGGCACGCUGGGCAGCCCCGACUUCUUCCUGGGCCCAGGUCGCAGCUCCAAUGGCUCAGACCCACUGGACGACUGCUCGUCCUGCACCAGCCAGAGCAGCUCCGAGCACUACUACCCCUCCAGUGGACCCAUGGCCCCUGGCAGCAACCCCAACUACUCCACCCUGGGGGAGGACUCCCCUUCCAAAGCCAGGCAGAGACAGAGGCAGAGGCACAGGUCUGCUGGUCACCUGGGCUCCUCCAACUCCGGCUCCAUGCCAAACCUGGCAGCCAAGAAUGGCUCAGGGGGAGGUGCUGGUGGGGGCGGAAUAGGGGGACACCACGGCGUCUACCUCCACAGCCAGAGCCAGCCAUCCUCCCAGUACCGCAUCAAGGAAUACCCCCUGUACGUGGAGGGCAGCCCCAACCCUGUGGUGGUUCGCAGCCUGGAGAGUGACCAGGAGGGCCACUACAGUGUCAAGGCCCAGUUCAAGACCUCCAGCUCCUACACGGCUGGAGGCCUCUACAAGGAGACCUGGGGGGGUGAGGAGGGGGGAGAGGGAAGUGGUCGGCUCACGCCGUCCCGCUCCCAGAUUGUACGGACUCCCUCACUGGGGCGAGACGGGGGUGGAGGAGGAGGGGGGAGGGCGGCAGUGUCUGAGGAGCUGCGGUGCUGGUACCAGAGGUCCUCGGGGAGCCUGAAGGAGAGGAGUCACUCACACUCAGGGUCCAAUUCCUCCGACACGGGGUCACAGCAAGGCACGCUGGGACAUGGUCGGGGAAGCAGGAUGGGAACACUCGCCAAGGGCUCGCCAGUUGCAUCCCCUCACAGCCAGAGGAGUAUGACGCCCUCCAGUGAACAGGCAGCCACACCCACGCCCCCCUGUAGCCCACAGCAUAUCCUCAACUGGCAGAGCGGGUCUUUCAGUGACAGCUGUUUCCUCAGCAGCCCCCUGUGUUCAGAGCUGGCAGACGUGCAGUGGUACGGACACGACAAAGCCAAACCUGGAACCCUGGUCUGAGACCUUCCCACAGGGCCUCUGAAACAAAAUGGAGCCCCUUGCCUCUCCACUGCCCCUUAACACUACCCACCAACAACUGACAUCUUGUCCUUCAAGCCCCACAAAGACCUUCAAGCCCUGACUGGACCGGCAGCCCCAACGCGGGUUUUUCGUCUUUGCCGGCCCAGAUCCCACCUUUUCCAUCUAUCCACACGCCUCUGCCUCCUCUCUUUCUCUCCGUCACAGCUCAGCAGAGAAGGGGACACUUUCACAAGGCUCUGACAAGGGGGCUGUUUUGACAGGGGUGCAAACUGGUAACCAGAGCAUCUGCUCUCGACCUUUUCCUGACAGUACCACAGAGCCCUCCCUCCCCUCAACCCCACCACACAGGGAAUGGUCCGGCGUGGGUCAGAUUCUGGGUCUGGUGGAGAGAGAGAGCACAAGAAAUGAAAUACACACAUCCAAACUCACUGACACCAACAUCAGCCACCCCGAGACCUGUCACACAACUGACCUUUGACCCCUGACCUUACCAACAUACUCAUACUGCCACCUAAUCGGAGGACACCUGCUGGAUUUUGAGCCACCAAUUGUUCCACGUUCCCCCCAGCCUGGUUGUCAGCUGUGUGUGUGUGUGUGUGUGUGGGCUUUCAUUAGUCUCAUUGAAGUUGUUUGUCGGUUUUGUUUAGUUCUCCCUGUGUACUUGUAAAAUAACAAAAUAAGUGUAAACAACACAUAGGAGUGACUUUUAAAAGAAAAUCUGUAUAAUCUGACAGACAAAUGUCGAGGCCACACUAUAUUCAACUCCUCUCAAUUUAUCCCACAACCAAAGAGCCAGUAGACUGGGCACACCCAGGGUCCCCUGGGCUGGACUCUGCACAGACUCAGUUCCCCACCACACAAUGAACUGCUAGUCACCCGAGAGCCAGGGAAGCGAGAGUGUGACGGUACUGGGAACGCCGUCCGGGUCAGCGAGGAGCAGGACGGUAGCAAUAACACACGUUUGUAGCAGCAAAUGAACUGGUUGGAAAUAACAGUGAAUUUGAGCAGGCGUCCUGCCAUGCCAUCUGCCCCUGUGAUGCGGGGAAUAAAGGCCCAUUUGCGCAUCACAGCGAUCAUUUGAACUGGUGGUUAUUGGGUUUGGCAGCAAAUACAAUCUGUGCUCAUUUCGAUGACUUCACCAUGAACACUGACGUAAUGUCUAUGGUCCACAUGUAAUACCUCUGUCCAGCCCCCCAUCCGACUACGUUUGUGGGGCCAGGGUAUGGAGGAUGGGGUAAUGGGGCAAAAUGGGGUUUUUAUUGCGGCCACAGCUCGUUUCAUUUUUCCCGAAAUGUUUGCGUACAAACAACACGCCUUCAUGCCACCGCCUCUGCAACCCUGGCGUCGUCAUCUGCAAGCGCAAGACGAAGUGGCCGUGGUGACCCACGAGAGUCAGUCACUGGCUGACACAGAGGCUGUUCAACUUCGUGUGCCUCUCCCUCUCUCCCUCUCCCUCUCUCUAGCUCUCUCUCACUCUCUCUAGCUCUGUCUUGUUCGGUCAUGACUGUAUGCUGGUCCCACACCUUGCUGGAUAUCAUUCGAUCCCUAAGUAGGACUGGAAGAAAAAAACUGUGUGUGCGUGUGCGUGUGCGUGCAUGUGUUUGUGUAGCUGGCCUCGGUCCAUCUGUCUCUGUGUUCAUCCAUCCUGCCCCACUGUCCAUCUGCCUGCAUUGUCAGCAGGUUAAGGCAGUGGGGGAAGGGAAGACUUGACGGGGUGUACAGGAUGAGAGGAGCUUCCCCACUGAGCACAAAUCCAUGCUGUCCCAGCUUAACCCUCUCUGUCUACUGACAGCACCGGUCCAGCUUAACCCUCUCUCUCUACUGACAGCACCGGUCCAGCUUACCCUCUCUCUCUACUGACAGCACCGGUCCAGCUUACCCUCUCUCUCUCUACUGACAGCACCGGUCCAGCUUAACCCUCUCUCUCUACUGACAGCACUGGUCCAGCUUACCCUCUCUGUCUACUGACAGCGCCGGUCCAGCUUGCUCUCUCUCUACUGACAGCGCCGGUCCAACUUGCUCUCUCUCUCUACUGACAGCACCGGUCCAGCUUGCCCUCUCGGUCUACUGACAGCACCGGUCCAGCUUAUCCUCUCUGUCUACUGACAGCACUGGUCCAGCUUACCCUCUCUGUCUACUGACAGCGCCGGUCCAGCUUGCUCUCUCUCUACUGACAGCGCCGGUCCAACUUGCUCUCUCUCUCUACUGACAGCACCGGUCCAGCUUGCCCUCUCGGUCUACUGACAGCACCGGUCCAGCUUAUCCUCUCUGUCUACUGACAGCACCGGUCCAGCUUGCUCUCUCUCUCUACUGACAGCACUGGUCCAGCUUGCUCUCUCUCUCUACUGACAGCACUGGUCCAGCUUACCCUCUCUCUCUACUGACAGCACCGGUCACAACAAACACACACACGGCGAUCGUCAGAACGCAGCAUUUAGCGGGCACACAACACAUGAACACUAUUGUAUCAGUGCCAAAUAUGUUGGUGCUCUACAUUUGUACUGUGAUUUAGCACUGAAACCUCCUCCUCUUCCUCCUCCUCCCCCCCUCGUGCCACAAAUUCCCUGCAAAUGCCCAAGCCAAGUGGGCGCUGUGUAAAACAGAGCUGCAGAUUUUGUUUUACGAGGCAUUAUGGAAUUAUUUGGUUGUAGUUUUGGAAGUAUUAAAUUCUAGUUCAGUUUCAAAGCACAACACACACACACACACACACACACACACACACACAAUGUGUGUGAUUACUGAAUGAGGAGUCGCCAUGUUCCCGUUCUCCUCUCAAACCUUUUCCAAUGGGGUCGCGUAACAAAAGACCUACUAAGCAGAAUUAAACAGGGUGUCUAAGACGCACUGCUCAAAGAUGUUCUUUAAAGUUGGCAGAGUAGAUGGACAUUGAUGGGAUCCAGAUGGAGGGUAAUUUUAUUACCCAAUUUAUUUAUUUACCCCCCCCCUUUUCCUCCCCAAUUGUAUCUGGCCAAUUACCCCACUUGUCUGAGCCGUCCCUCUGCCGAUCCAGGGAGGGCUGCAGACUACCACAUGUCUCCUCCGAUACAUGUGGAGUCACCAGCCGCUUCUUUUCACCUGACAGUGAGGAGUUUCGCCAGGGGGACGUAGCCCGUGGGAGGAUCAUGCUAUUCCCCCUAGUCCCUCCCCUCCCGAACAGUCGCCCCUCCCAACCAGAGGAGGCGCUAGUGCAGCGACCAGGACACAUACCCACAUCCGGCUUCCCACCCGCAGACACGGCCAAUUGUGUCUGUAGGGACGCCCGACCAAGCCGGAGGUAACGCGGGGAUUCGAACAGGCGAUCCCCGUGUUGUGUAUUACCCCAAACUAUCAGGGGAGAGGAGAAGCCAUACUGUGGAACUGGAAAAAAAAAGCUCUUAAUUCUGUUAAUCAUCUUUUGCUUUCUCAAACACGUGCUAAAUGUCUCUUGCCAAGAUUUAAAGUCAGAGCCAGAUCUCUCAAUUAAAGCACACUGGAAGAGAGAGAACACCAAAUGUGUUACGUCGUGGGAGGUGAGGCGCUUCACCCGACCCCUUUCACAGUGUUAGCUUUUCAUUAUCCAGAUGCUAUCUGUCCUCUAUGCACCGUCAUCUCUUUGUCCCAAUACACAGUAUCUGCUACUAUCUAGACCACCUAGGUGAGAAGUUCUAGCCCUCCCCCAGCAUGGUUGGUUCUGUCAGAGUCGUCCCCUCCACGCCUGGUCUAAAGAAACGCGUACUUUUACAGUUACUCGAUGCCUAUUCUCCAGAAUGAACUCCAUCAUAAACGUCUAUCGUGCUGUCUCAUACCAGCCCAUCACUUCAGCACAUCCAGCUGUCAGCUGAUCCCACAUCUGCGUGCACACCCGAUUUCGCUAUUUGCCCUCCCAAGUCUUUGGCCAUUGGAUCGCGUGCCGACCGUGACCUCUGAAAGAGACUGUUUCUGUGUGACGUCACUCCACGCAUGCUUUCACCAAAUCCAGUGAUCAAGAUAAAAAAAACAAAACCCCAAAAUGACAUCUGGCAACCGCCCUUCUUCGCCCUAACCCGGGCUGUCGUUAUACUGUACAUGAUAAUGGCCCCCGCUCCCAAAUGUCCUAUUUGACCUUUGACCUUGUGGUAAUCUCUGACCUCUGAGCCCAAUGUGAUGAAGUGUAAUGUAUCCUUUCUCUAUAGUUCCAAACGCGUCAUACUUUCUGUUCUUCACAGAAAAGUUUUUGUUUUUGUUUUUUUUUAGUCCCAAGAAAAUUGAGCAAAGUUAUAUCAGUCUUUUCCUGUUUGUGCAGAGGGGCACCGGAAGGUUUUCUGGGGUUUUUAACAUUCACCGCUGUUUAAACGAUGUUCCAUUUUAUAUGAACCAGUGUUUUGUUUUUUUUUAGUUUUUUUUUUUAAAGAUCUGACAUUUUAAUGACCCUUUCAGGUGCUACAAAAUGACCAGUUACUGCUUUGUCACGUAGGAUCUAGACUACUCUUCAUCGUUAUCAAUAGACUCAAUACAAGAUGUGCAAAAUGAAGCUUAUUUUAACAGACAGUUUAAUAGUAGGACACGCCCUCUACCAGACAAUAGAGCAUGUAACUUAAUUUCCUUGGUUCUGUUCAACUGUAACCAGACAUUAAAGGUGUUGUAGGAAAAAAAAAGGUGGAAUUGAUGAAAAUAACUGAAUUCCACAGUUAAUUUAUUCUUUUUUUUCUAUUAAGAAUUUGUAUAGUAACUUUACAUUUUUCAAAACUGUGUUGUUGGUAACUGAUGAUGAAUUUUCCAGAUGAGAAGACUUGGUGGUUCUUGAGAUUAUUAAAAAUAAAUUAUUGCUGAAUGUUCUCAAUA